AUGCUCUACACCGAAAACGAAAAAGUGCUAUGUUUCCAUGGGCCCCUAAUCUAUUCCGCCAAAAUCCUCAAAGCUGAAAAAUGGACCGGAGAGGAUAACCGCACUGGUGCAAUUGGUCCGCAUUACUUCGUCCACUACGACGGGUGGAAGAAAACUUGGGACGAAUGGGUUCCUGAAAUUCGCCUUCUCAAAAACAACGAUGAGAAUCUUGCUCGCAAAUCAACGCUUGAGGAAGCUGCGAAAUCUGGUUCCCUAAUCUCCUCCUCUUCCUCUUCUGCUGCUAAAGAAAGUUCGAGCAGUGGAGCAAAGAGGCCAAGGGAAUCUGACGCAAACGAACGAAAAUCUUCUGCUGGUGCAAGAGCAACUAAAAGGAGCAGGGACACUGUAGAAACAGAAGAAGACUUCCUAAAGCGACCAGAAGUGAAAAUUUCUUUGCCAGACCAACUAAAGUUGCAACUCGUUGAUGAUUGGGAAAACAUCACCAAGAAUGGUCUUCUCGUACCGCUUCCCCGCAGACCCUGCGUCAGGGAUAUACUCCAAGAUUACCGCAAGCAUUACCUAUCCCUAAAAACUCCUUCCUCUUCCAAAACUAGAUCCCCCGCGGUAGUGGACGAGGUGCUGAAGGGGUUGAAACUAUACUUUGAUCGUUCGCUUGGCCAAAACUUACUAUACCGAUUCGAACGAGCCCAAUAUGUCGAAUACCGCAAGAAAAACGGUCCUAAGAUGGGAGAUGGCGAUAUCCGAUCCAACGCCCGAAGCGGGACGGCAAGUAUGGGGGGAGAUAUGGAACCAAGCGACGUAUAUGGUGCAGAACAUCUCUUAAGGCUCUUCGUCAACUUGCCUAUGAUCAUCCUUCACACAAGUAUGGAUGGGGAAAGUAUAGGAUUGUUAAAAGAACAUCUUGGCGAGUUUUUGACGUAUAUCGCAAAAGAGAAGCAUCGCUUGUUCGUGAGGGAAUACGAGGCUGCUUCACCUGCAUACCAUCGAAUUAGCUCAACAUAG